CUCCUUCAUGCCCCGCCCCCACCUCUGCUCAUUGGCUGUAUGUGACAGUAAACACGCUGCGAUUGGCUAGCAAUGGUUGGCGGGUUAGGUUGCGCCCAGAGGGUGGCAGGCCUUCCUGACCAGCGAAGGGAUUGAAACUUGGGGAUUGGGAAGCAGUCUUCAUUCUCUCCUUAGUUCCCCCCCACCCUCUUGAUUAUCAGCUGGUGUCCUCAGGGGUUGGAGACUGAUGUAGCCAGCAGUCUGGACCGUACAGCAUUAGCGGGAUGGUCGGCCACCCAGGCUGUAAUGUCGUCCCUGACGACCUCCCAUGAGGGCGCAAGCUCCACUCCCAGGUUUUUUGUUGGUACCCGAGAUGAUGAGACAGACUUUCUGGGAUCAAACAUGAAGACAGACGAGAUCGAUUUCUUUGAGGAUGAUGAGGAGUCAGAGUCGCCUCCAGAACGGCAGAUUGUGGUUGGAAUCUGUGCCAUGACCAAAAAGUCCAAGUCAAAGCCCAUGACCCAGAUCCUGGAACGUCUGUGCAAGUUUGAGUACAUCACAGUGGUGAUCAUGGGAGAAGAUGUCAUUCUGAAUGAGCCAGUGGAGAACUGGCCUCCUUGUGACUGCCUCAUUUCCUUCCACUCUAAAGGAUUCCCUCUGGAUAAGGCAGUUGCUUACGCCAAGUUGUGCAAUCCUUUUCUGAUUAAUGACCUUGAUAUGCAGUAUUACAUCCAGGACAGGCGAGAAGUAUACCGGAUCUUGCAGGAGGAAGGCAUAGACUUGCCCCGCUACGCUGUGCUCAAUCGAGACCCUGACAAGCCGGAUGAGUGCAACCUAGUGGAGGGAGAGGACCAAGUGGAGGUGAAUGGAGCCGUUUUCCCAAAGCCGUUUGUAGAGAAGCCAGUCAGUGCGGAGGAUCACAAUGUUUAUAUUUACUAUCCAACUUCGGCAGGUGGGGGCAGCCAGAGGCUCUUCCGGAAGAUUGGUAGCCGGAGCAGUGUUUACUCCCCUGAAAGCUGUGUACGGAAAACGGGCUCAUAUAUUUACGAGGAAUUCAUGCCUACAGAUGGCACUGAUGUCAAGGUGUACACAGUUGGGCCGGAUUAUGCCCAUGCGGAAGCCCGGAAGUCCCCUGCUCUGGAUGGGAAGGUUGAACGGGACAGUGAGGGGAAAGAAAUCCGCUAUCCGGUCAUGCUGACUGCCAUGGAGAAGUUAGUUGCCAGGAAAGUCUGUGUUGCCUUUAAGCAGACAGUGUGUGGGUUUGACCUUCUGCGGGCGAAUGGCCACUCCUUUGUCUGUGAUGUGAAUGGGUUCAGCUUUGUGAAGAACUCCAUGAAGUAUUAUGAUGACUGCGCCAAAAUUCUUGGGAAUAUAAUCAUGCGGGAGUUGGCUCCCCAGUUCCAGAUUCCCUGGUCCAUCCCAACGGAGGCAGAGGAUAUUCCCAUUGUCCCCACAACGUCAGGCACCAUGAUGGAGCUGCGCUGUGUUAUUGCAGUGAUACGACAUGGAGACCGCACCCCCAAGCAGAAGAUGAAGAUGGAGGUUAAACACUCUAGGUUCUUUGAAUUAUUUGAGAAAUAUGAUGGCUACAAGACAGGGAAGCUGAAGCUGAAGAAACCAGAGCAGCUGCAGGAAGUGCUGGAUAUUGCGCGCCUGCUAGUGGUGGAGUUGGGAACUCACAAUGACUGUGAGAUAGAGGAGAGGAAGUCCAAAUUGGAGCAGCUAAAAACUGUCCUGGAGAUGUACGGACACUUCUCUGGCAUUAACCGCAAGGUGCAGCUAACCUACCUGCCUCGUGGACACCCAAAAGCUUCCAGUGAAGACGAAGAUGCCCGUAAGGAGCCCUCCCCAUCUCUGCUACUGGUGCUGAAAUGGGGUGGAGAGCUGACCCCAGCAGGAAGGGUCCAGGCAGAAGAGCUUGGUCGGGCCUUUCGCUGUAUGUACCCUGGAGGCCAAGGUGACUAUGCUGGCUUCCCAGGGUGUGGCCUGCUCAGACUGCACAGCACCUACCGUCAUGACCUCAAGAUCUAUGCUUCAGAUGAGGGCAGGGUUCAGAUGACAGCAGCAGCUUUUGCAAAGGGUCUCCUGGCUCUGGAGGGAGAGCUAACCCCCAUCUUGGUGCAAAUGGUAAAAAGUGCCAAUAUGAAUGGGCUGUUGGACAGUGAUAGCGACUCCCUCAGCAGCUGCCAGCACAGAGUGAAGGCACGGCUGCACGAAAUCAUGCAGAAGGAUGCCAAGUUCUGUGAGGAGGAUUAUGAAAAGUUAGCACCUACAGGCAGCAUCUCUCUGGUCAACUCCAUGACUUUCAUCCAGAACCCAGUAGAGAUCUGUGACCAAGUGUUUGCCUUGAUCGAGAACCUCACUUCCCAGAUAUGCAAACGUCUGGAAGAUCCCAAAUCUGCAGACCUGCAGCUGUACCACAGCGAGACUUUGGAGCUGAUGCUGCAGCGCUGGAGCAAGCUGGAGAGGGAUUUCCGCAUGAAGAAUGGGCGCUAUGACAUCAGCAAGAUCCCUGAUAUCUAUGACUGCAUUAAAUAUGAUGUACAACACAAUUGUACCCUGAAGCUGGAGGGCACUGCUGAACUCUUCAAACUCUCCAAAGCCUUGGCAGAUGUGAUCAUACCCCAGGAAUAUGGGAUUAGUAAGGAGGAGAAGCUGGAGAUUGCUAUUGGCUUCUGUCUUCCUCUCAUCAAGAAGAUCCAGUUGGACCUGCAAAGAACCCACGAGGAUGAGUCUGUCAACAAGCUGCACCCCUUGUACUCAAGAGGAGUCCUGUCCCCAGGUCGCCAUGUCCGGACACGGUUAUACUUUACCAGCGAGAGCCACGUACAUUCCCUGCUCAGCAUCUUCCGCUAUGGUGGGCUCUUGGAUGAGUCCAAGGACCAGCAGUGGAAGAGAGCCAUGGACUAUUUGAGUGCUAUCUCAGAACUGAACUACAUGACCCAGAUUGUUAUCAUGCUCUACGAGGACAACAACAAGGACCCAUCUUCAGAGGAGCGUUUUCACGUGGAGCUGCAUUUCAGCCCAGGUGUGAAGGGAUGUGAGGAAGAUGGAAGUGCCCCUACAGGUUUUGGCUUUCGGCCUGCAUCAGCAGAAAAUGAUGAUAAGAAGCCAAACCAGGGCAGCAUGGAGGAUCUCUCCAAAGUGAAGAGCAUUGAUGAGACAGACCAAGCACAAGAAAGGUCACCCCAACCCUCUGAGCCAAUCUGCAUUCAGCGGAGAUCGCCCUUGAUCCGCAACCGGAAAACUGGGUCCAUGGAGGUGCUGUCCGAGUCCUCUUCCAAAACUGGAGGGUAUCGCCUCUUCUCCUCCUACUCCAGACAAUCUACCGAAAUGAAGCAAAGUGGCCUAGGGUCGCAGUGUACAGGACUAUUUAGCACUACUGUGCUCGGAGGCUCCUCCAGUGCCCCAAACCUUCAGGACUACGCACGCAGCCAUGGCAAAAAGUUCGCCGCCAGCCUGACAUACAAAGAUGAGCUCUUGUCUAUGCCAGCCGUAAAACGAUUUUCUGUGUCGUUUGCAAAGCAUCCGACUAAUGAUGUGCUUGAACACCACCGUGUUGUCCCGCUGCUGUGCCGUUUUUCCUCUGACUAUGCCAUGAGACAGAACAUCUCCUUGGAUGCCACUCUGGCCCACCACCUACAUCAGUGUUCCUACCACCUGCGUCUCUUCAGGAGCUGGCUGAUCUCAGGCCAGGAUGACUUGGAGUGCCUCUACGGUUUUGAAGGCUGCUCCAUGGUUCCCACCAUUUACCCACUGGAGACCCUGCACAACUCCCUCUCUUUGCGACAGGUCAAUGAGUUCCUGACGUCUGUGUGCAGGUGUUACAGCAACUUACACUCUCGAGCAUCCACAGCUCUGUUUGAUUCCGUGAUUGCAAGCCAGACACCCGGUGACCCCUUCAUGCCACAGAGAAUCCUCUCGUCCUCAUCUCUGCCACUGCGCCAGCGCUCGGACAAACCACCGUGGUGGUUUGGCUUGGAGUCUCCCGGAACUGGCAUCGAUCUCCCGGUGACUAUUGAAAGCAAUCUGGGAGACUUCAAUAGGAUAUUUUAAGAAAAUGACAUUACAUCAUGUUGGGGGGAAAAUAUCUCCCAGAAUAGCUUGAGUCAGAGUUGGCAACCCUACUGUCCUGUUAAAAUGUGUGCAUCGUUAUUGUAUAUGAAGUUAUGAAAUUUUACUGUAUGCUUGUUACUGAAACAUGUGAUGGGUCUGGGGAAUGCCCGCAGAGUAGCUCCUUAGAAAUAACAAAAAGAAUUGUGAAACAAAGGCCUUGCAUGGCACUCAAGCCUCACAUACGCAAAAGGUGUGAGCAAGAAAUUCAAAGCAGCUCUCAGGUGAAUUGUAUCUCAUGGACUCAGGAAACUGAUUGUCUGCACCCCAGCUGGGGGGUAUUCCUAAAAGCAAGGAGGAGGGUAUAAAAUAAGAGAUCAUGACAUCACCUCUUUACCUCUUUCCUCCCCACUCUUGACACCUGGGAACAAGAUCAUUUGGAAGACAGAGGAGCAUAAUUGAACUGGGGGACAGGUGAUUCGCAUCACAUUUCAGUAUAUCAUUUUUUACCCAAACCCACGUGAUAAGGGUAGUUACAUACUUUAGGUGCUAGAAGGGUUCUUGCAUAUUUAAAUAGAAGUCAGUUUUAGGAAUUCAUCUAGGUUGGUUGUUUCUUAUACUAAGAAGUCAGAGUUUGCUUGCUCAGACUAUUUCCAGUUGGGUGAAACAAUGCAUCAUUUAGUAUUACAAAUCAGCAGAAAUUCCUGAGUCUUCUGUUGUACAGUCUUAUUCUACUAGAGCUGUAGCUACAUCUUUUGCUUGUAUUAAAUGUGUUCCUAUUAGGGAAAUUUGCAGGGCUGCUACCUGGAAGUCAAUGCACACAUUCACUAAGCACUCUGAGCUGGAUCUAGCUUCUAGAGCAGCAGAUGCCAAAUUUGGCAGAGUGGUGCUUCAAUCAUUAUUUAAUUAGGACUCUGUUCCCAGCUCUGGGCUUUUUCAGUACUGCCUAUUGCUUGUCAAACUAGCCAUAAGUGGGAAUAUGCAGAGCCGCUCAAAGAAGAAAUGAAGUUUACUUGUAAGCUGAGUUCUUUGGGAUGACUCUGCAUAUUCACAUUUCCUGCCCCUAUUUUUCUUAGUCUUAUUAUGAUCUCUCUGGGUUAGCAGUAAACGAACUGAGGUGAAAGAGGGUGCAGCACCCCCUUAUAUAGCCUCACCUCAAUGUUUGGAAGUUCUGAGAGGAGGAGGAAGUGGGGCCCAUGUACCCGGCAAUGGGCACUGGUUGGAGAAGGUUCUGCUAUUAGACCCUAACAAAUGCUGCAAUACCCAACUGGGAAUAUGCAGAGUCACCUUUGAAGAACUCCUAUUACCAGCAUAGGUGCCACAUAGGGGGGCAUGCAGGGUCAUGUGCUUUCCUGUUUUCUGCUUGGCCUGCUGGAGGGGAGGGAGCUGGGCCUGGGUCACUGCUCUGUGCAGCGUGGUGGGGAACCUAGCUGGGGAGAUGGCAGCACCCCCUCCCCUUCUCCCUCCUUGCUGGAGACAGGAGGCAAGCAAGCCGGAACACACACAGACACACACUCUCUCUCUCCCCCUCUCCCUCCAGCUCGCUUGGCUGCUGUCCUUGGCAGCCAGGCUCAGGUGGGGAUCAGAGGGGGUGGGUCACUGCCACCGCCUCCUCCCCAGCCAGGCUCUCUCUCCGGCAACUGCCGCUCUGCACAGAGGUAGCGGUCACCUUCAGCUGGCGUGAGAAGCAGCUCCUUCCUGCCCCCUCCGCUCCCUGCCGGGGGCCGGCUGCCAGGGAGAGCCACUGAGGGAGCCAGAAACAUGCCGUGUGACGGGGGGUGCAGUGGGAGAAGGACAAAGCUCCCACCCACGCAGGUAACUCUGGCAGCGUGGGAAGAAUACAGCACCCCUGGGCUAGGCACAGGGCAGACAGUCACUGAGGAAGGCACUGGAAGCAGCUUCCCUGGCCUCUGCUCUGCUGAGGUGUCCCUGAGGGCACUGGAGCUGCAGGGAGACACUGGUGCUGUGAGUCUCCCCUGGCUCCCAGCCAGGCCCAGAGGCAGAUGUGCUCCUUGCUGCUGUAGCCCUAGGGCCCAGGAGCCAGCGGAAUUGACUGAACUAGCCCAGGGAGGAGGGGCUGGAAGGUUUCUCCCAGAGGCAACACAUGGGGUGGUCACGUGUGUCCCCCACCUUCACAUUGUGCCCCCUCAGGAGGCACAUGUCAUCUCUGGUUACAAGUAAGGGCAUGUCAACACUUACAAGCUUAGAGCAGCACAGCUGUACCGAUACAGCUGUGUCAUUGUAAGAGUGCUUGUGUAGCUGUGUCUCCCACUGACCCAGCACUGUGCACACAAGCACUUAUGCCGACAAAAUUCAUGUCGCUCAGGGAUGUGUUUUUUCACAUUCCUCAGCCACAAAAGUUUUGCCAACGUAAGUGCUAGUGUAGACGUGGCCAAAAUAACCUUCAUAUAUUCUGGACAAGGAGUAGCAAGUCACUAGCGGCUAGGAUAAAAAUUCGUCCCAUUGGGUUCUGAUAUGCAAGCCAUAGUUUUAUGUACACCUAAGCUUGUAUCCAUGCUAGAGCCUAAGUCUGACAUGUUACAAGAUCUAACUGGUCCACUUAUUUAAAUAUUUAUUCUGCAUCCCUGUUCUUUGUAGCAAGAGUGCAGUUGUGGUACUCAGUGAUAGCUUCAUCCGGGAGUAAGUUUGCAUGGGGGACGCUAUCUAUAAUGGAACAGUACUGCACGUUUCACAAGGACAUGAAGCCCUUUAGAGUUCUGGAAUCCCGACCAAGCUUUUAUCUAGGGUUGACAGGGCUCAUUAAUUAGUACUUCCUUCUGUCUGGUCCCAUGGCACCCCAAGGAGAAACAAUGGCCAAAUCUCGCUGCGACAGGGGCAAUCAAAAUAUCUACCAACAGGAGAAAAUAAUUCAGAAAAUCUAUGAAAGAAGGUGACUAUUCCAUAGCCUAAGGGUCCUACUCCAGACUUCAAAUUAUGCACUACAAGACCAAUAGCAUCACUCUCUUUUGGGAGUGUACCUAUGGGGAAUAAUGUGCAGAGCAGAUAUAUGGGCUUUGAGCUAUCUGUUUGUUUAUGGCCCACUUAUAAUUUUUUGGACUUGGUGGACAUAAUAUUUGAUCGUGGCGUCCAAGAGUCCGCAGAAGGGUUUAAAUAAAUAAAAGCAUGUAAUGGCUUGAUUUUCUUCCCUUUCCAUUCCUGGGCUUGAUGCUAGUUACGUCCACUAUGUACAGAAUUGCCAGACGUACUUUUAAGAGAGAGAGAGAGAGAGAGAGAGGUGGCUCUUACCUGUCAGCAGUGGUAUGCCUGGUGUCUCCCACCCCUCAUCUGAGUUUAGAGCCACUUGCUCUGAGACAGAAAUGUAAGCAGUUGAAAGCCUGUUGGGCCUGUGUUACCCAAGGGUUCACAUGCUGGUUAUCAGCUACUUUUGGAAGAGAUCCUACAUGAUUCCAGUAAGUUGUUUUUUUGGAGCAGAUGGUGGGGUGAUCCUACCUGCCCUCCUGGCUCUUCCAGCUGCCUCCUCCGCAGAGGGAGAACCACCACAUAUACACAGUUACCAGACAUCAUAACUGAGAGAAUCCAUGUAUGCAUUGCUCUCUACUGCUACGCUUUUAGGGACCUGUAGGCCUUCGCUCAAUUCCUAGCACGUAUAUGUCAACAUCCCAAAACCAUCGCCAUCACAAUGGCACCAACUGACCUGCAUAUGGGCAAUCACAACAGGGAGGCCAGGGCCCAGAUGGCCCCAAGGACCAGACUCUGGUCUCUCCUGAACCAUGAGUAGGGGCUGGUGUGGAAUACCAUGCCCAGCUCUUCCCCAGGCCUGUGGUUAAAUAGACUCCAGUGCUGUCAGUCUGGCACCAUUGGCUGAACAUUUUGUUUUUCAAAUAAAUAAAAGUGACAGUGAGAUUUCCAGUCCCCUCAAACCUGGUUCAGUUCUGGGGGUUGGAUGCACACUGAUACAUCUGGUAUAAAGCCAGGAGAAUGUUGUUCAGUGUCUGCAUACCUGCUGUUUACCAGUUCAGCCCAGACACUCCUCACAAGAGUGUCUUCCACUUGGGUCCCACCCUGGUGCACAGUUCACUCAGUGCUGCCUUCCCACUGGAGGGAACAGUCAGGUGCUGAUGUCUGGGAACGUGCUACAUGCCAUU